GAGUGGUGCCGGAAACGUCACGUUUCUUUGUCUCCUCCAAUUCGGAAUGGGUUUGUUGUCAUCAAUGCGCUUUCCCUACUCAAUAUUCGAGAAAAGGACAAACAGUAGUUAGCGCAUAUUUCAUUCUAGGGUUUGGUUCUCGUAUUUAUGCCGGCGUUAUGAGACAGCCACUUAAUUCCUUUGCUUCAUCCCGACGCAUCUCUGACUAGUACCAACAAAAUAACAAUACUAGGUACUCUAUCAAAGCCGAUAAUCUCCUAUCAUACAACAGCACUAUACCUACAAACCUAGCAAAAGAAUAAAACCACGAUGCAAAAGCGUAGGCGGUCUUCCGACGCCUCUUUCGGCGAGGAAGCCCUGACAGAAGCCGAGGAGCAGAUGAUCACAGACAAGCACGCGGAGAUCAACCUCGUGGGGGCCAUGAUGGAGCGGGCGCGGCAGGACACGGCGGAGGCGUACGACUGGGCCGGCGCGAUCGUGAGCGGCAGGUUCCCCGACGGCACGCCCAUCAACUACGGGCCGUACUUCCUCGACGGCUUGAGGGGGGUGAUCGACGCCGCGUGGGCGUCCAUCGACCGCGCCCAGGCGCACCUGACGACGAUUGAGAUUUUCCCUAUUCCAGACGCCGCGAGGCUCGGGCCCCCGUUCCCGGGCGUGCCGGCGCUUGUGGGGACGUACCGCGCCCAGCUCGAUAAUAUGGGCAGGCAGCUCAAUGAGUGGAGCGCCGUGUAUGAUGGCGGGCGAGGGCGCGCGCUUAGGAAGGACGCUGAUGGCGAUGUUGUUUUGGCGGAUGCGGAUGAUGAUGAUGAUGAUGGACAAGGUGCUGGAGGUGACGGGAAUGACGAGGAUCAAGGGGGUGAUGGAGGAGAUGGGGGAGAUGGGGAUGGAGGAGACGGAGCAGGAGGACCAGCCGAUGUCGGAGAUGUUGUAGACGGAGAUGGAGAUGGAGGUGACGGGGACGGUGGCGGUGGCGGAGAUGGGGAUGGGGAUGGAGAUGGGGGUGGAGGUGGAGGUGGGGGUGGGGUGGAUGAAUCAUCGCCCUUGUCACCUUUGUCGAGCUCGGUGGAGCCGGAGGAGGAGACGGAGGAGGAGACGGAGGUGGGGACGGAGGUGGGGACGGAGAUGGGGGGGACGGAGGGGACGGGUGGGACGGGGGAGACGGGGGAGACGGGGGAGACGGGGGAGACGGGGGAGAUGGUGGAGAUGGGGGAGAUGGGGGAGAUGGAGAUGGAGGUGGAGGGGGUGGAGGAGAUGGAGGAGAUGGAGGAGAUGGUGGAGACGGAGGCGGAGAUGAUGAUGACGGCGGUGGAGACGAUGGAGAUGGAGACGGAGACGGAGGAGACGGAGAAGAAGAGGAGGCAGAAGAAGAAGAAGAAGAAGAAGAAGAAGAAGAAGAAGAAGAAGAAGGAGAAGGAGAAGAAGAAGGAGAAGAAGAAGAGGAGGAAGAAGACGACGAGUCUGAUGAGGGUCCUCCAGCUUGGAGCCGCCCUGGGAACCCCGGUCGCUAUGCCCGUCACUAUAGGCUCGUAAAGAAGGGCGGAGGCUUCGCCCGAGUAUUACCACGGUUUCGAAGGAAUUGAAGCUGGCGCAGAACAGCAUAAAAUGUUGAUGUAAUAUUGUUUCGAAAGUUCAUAAAUUCACGUAUAGAAGGAGGGCUAACGCCAGUAUGUGUAAGACCAUGUAUACUUCUAGGAUGGCGUAUGAUUUAGGAAUG